AUGGAGUCGGGCUCUGAUGACGGGAGCAACAGCAGCAGCAGCAGCUGCGCCCCCGGCAUCGCGGCAUUGCGCUCAGGUCGUACUGUUGCUGGUGGAAAGAACAAGUCUGCACCAAGUCGUAGACAGAGAGUGACUACUGAUUUAAGCAUAUAUUCAGACCUUUCCUGCCGCAGGGCACCCGCCCCACCUCGGCUCCAGGGGGUUCUCCAAAAGGAUUCAGCUAAGGAGCUUGGGCAGGCUUGGGCCAAGUUUUUCCAUGCCAAUGGGAUUCCUGGGGAGAAAGCCGACUGCCCGCAUUUCCAAGAGGCCAUGAGAUUGACGCAACAACUUGGUCCGGUGGUUCAGCACGUUCCUACAGGUUCAGAAAUUGAUGGGCCAUGCCUGCAGUCCGAGUAUGACGAAUUGAUGGAGCGUGUGGCCGAAUGGAAAGGUUGGUGGGAUCUGUAUGGUGUUACUGUGAUGUGUGACUCAUGGAUAGGACCUACUGGGACAACCAUCGUAAACUUCAUGAUCUCCUGCAAUAGGCGCAUGUACUUUCACAAGUCUGUUGAUGCUACCGGAAGCAUGCAGAGUAUUCCAUAUCUCUAUGAAUUGAUUAGGAAGGUGGUUGUGGAGGAGAUUGGGCAAGGCUUCGUAGUUCAAAUUGUGACACAGAAUGAAUCAAACUUCAAGGAAGCGUGCGGGCAACUCAUCAAGGAGUAUCCGCACAUUGUUUGGCAGCCAUGUGCAGCUCAUACUGUUAAUCUCAUGCUGAUGGAAAUUGGAAAUAUCCCCAAGGUUGAUGCGGUGCUCUCCAGUGCCAAGCAGAUAUGUAGGUUUUUCUACAGUUAUUCUGAACCUCUGCACGCUCAAAUGAAAACCAAGAUUGGUGGAGAGUUGAUCCCACCCAAUGCCGCAAGGUUCGGAACUGACUUUAUGUGCCUACAAAGUUACUGGGAUAAUAAAGACAAGCUCAGGCAGUGGAUGAUCUCGAAUGAGUGGGAAGAUGGCCCUUGGAGUAGGGAGGCAGAUUAUGAUUACACGUAUGACUGCUUGACAAGCUGCUCCUGGUGGGAAGAUGUCAAAUGGGUACUAGAUAGAAUCCGACGGGAAGAUGUCAAAUGGGUACUAGAUAGAAUCCGACCACUUUAUGCCAUACUUCAGCACGCAGAUUCACCUAAGACUAGGUCAAUUUCUGGAUUUAUGCCUAGAAUGAUUGCUGCUAGGGAUGAAUUACAAUCUCUUUUCCAGGAGGGGUCAGAAGAUUUGAAUGAUUUCAUGGAUGUGGUUGACAGGAGGGUUGCAGAUAUAUAUGAUGGCACUCUUAUGAUUGCAGCUGGUGUGCUUGAUCCUGACGCCCACUACAAGCAUGAUCUUGCAAGCAAUGCAGAUUACAUGCAAGCAUUCACGAUGGCAAUUGAGAAGGUUGCAGACUCACCUGCAAAUGCAGUGGCGGCACUGGACCAGUUCGAAACUUUCCGUUCUUCUAGCGGGAGGUUUGACAAAGAUAUUGCUCGGCGUUGUGCUAGCACAUUGGACCCAGCUUCUUGGUGGUCGUAUUUUGGAGGAGAAGUAAAACUCCUUCAGGGCUAUGCGACUCGAAUUGUAUCCCGAUGUAUGUCCUCUAGCAGGUGUGAGCGAAACUGGAGCACAUAUGCAUUGAUGCAUGCACAAGCGACAAAUCAGCUUGCUUCUGAAAAGCUUCACAAGUUGGUCUGUGUCCGAUACAAUCUUAACCUGCGGUUCGAACAAUCUAAAACAGAUAAGGAAGAAAAGGAUGGCAAGGGGAAAAAAGAGCUCGAUCUUUGCAGAUUGAUGAUGGAUGUUGCACUAUAUGAUAAAGAAAACCCUAUCAUGGAUUGGCUGAAAAACCCCGGGAGUGCAUCCUUGACUUCACUGGACGAAAAAGAUGAAUGUGAUCUCCCCACACCAUCUAGGGCUGUGAUUGGUAUGAUAUGCAAAGGGAAAUCAAGUGAGGAUGUCCUUGACAAGCCAAUCGGGGUUUUGGAAUUGAAGAAGAACUGCACCCUCUCCAGCAGGAAGCAAAAGAGGAAAAGGGGGAAGAUGGCUACUGAUAAUAAUGGUUCGUUGCACAGAAUGUCUACUAGGAAAAAAACGAAGGAUCUCUCCAGCCUCUAG